UUUCUCUCUUCGCCAAAUGCUGUCGUUUCGGGCAGCGGCUGCCAACCGAGUGCGAGUCCUGGUCAUCGUCCCGAGCCGGGGCAUGGCCAAGGGCGCAAAGAAGGUGACCAAGGCGAGCAAGAAGGCCAUGGCCGCUGAGGCUACUGGUGGCGAUCUUCCCAAGAACGACGUCGCAAAGCUGAUUAGUCUGGUCAAGCCACAGUCCAUUCCGAGGCGGAGUGUGAGCAAGGAGCAGGCGGCAGAGGAGCAGAUGGUGGUCGACGCGUACGCCCGGCAUCUGCUCGUCACCACCCGGGCGGGUAAGGAGCUGGAUCGGACGCGGCUGGCGCUGAAGCACGCUGCUAUUGCUGCCCUCCCGGAAGAUCUGCAGGUUGCGGCAAAGAUCGUAGACACUACUCCGUUCCCGCCCUCGCGGCGCAUCCCGCUCGAUACCCCGCCGCAUCCCUCCUUCGACGACGUCCUCGCCAAGGAGCAGGACGAGGUCUAACCGCCGACCCCUCCCCUCCCCGCACCAAGCCGGCUCGUCUGUCUGGCCAGGAUGGCGUGCCCUGUUGAAUCUCGCCUUGUUUUCUUGCUGUUGGCUAAAGCCGGGCGUCUUGGACCUCAUCGCUCGUGUGUGUCUUCGAGGGCAGCGCGCUGCCGCUGCGGUCGUGCUCAUGUAAAGACUUCUGUCGAGGCGG